UGCAAUGCUGCCGCGGAAGAAAUUAUGAAGUGGAAACGGAGUGAUCAAGUUGCCGCUUGUUUUCGCUCCCUAUUCCAGCAAAAUGAUGAUGGUGUAUAUUGGGUGGCGGUUAUCGCAAGGACUGCUUUCUCCACGAUUGCAGUACCUGAUUUAUCAAAUGAACACUGUGCAUUCACGUUAGCUGUGUGCGAUAUAUUGUUGAAUCCACGAUCGCGUAAGAUCGUAUGUAUAGUAAAUAGUAUGAAACGCCAUAUGGCAAAGUAUUUAGAUGAUUUCAAUGAAGGAGGCCCCUCCUACGAAUCUGCUGAAGCAUUAAUGGACAAUGAGUUAGAGAAAGACGGUGAAAAAUCGCGACCAACCACUCCAAGUCAUGAAUCUGAAACUGAGCAAACAUCGCAAGCAUCACGAUCCAAUUCGAUGCAACUUUCACAAGAAGAAUUGGAUGAAUUGUUUGCACCCUAUUAA